AUGGCUAUCAGGAAAUGGCUGUCCUGUGAAAAGGAACUCAUCCGCACCGUGUUCAUCAGCCCCACGGCCCGCGAGAUACUCCAGAACUCCAGCAAAGGGGCAUUGAAGCGUGUUGCGGGCCUCAUCACCACACGCUACAAAGAGGCUUUCAACAGACCUUUCGCGGCCGAAACCACCGCGGAGUUUGCAGUACGACAAGCUGCCGAAAAGCGGCCCCAUCGUCGACAUCUACUUGUCAAACGAGUGGCUGAGUCGGAGGCUGAGUGUGAUAGCCGUUUGGAAGGGGUUUCCACCCGCAUUUACAACUGGUGCAAAGCGCACAGCGAGAAUCGCAAGUCCGCCCCUGUUGUAGUGGUGCAGCCGGUAAUCACAGGCGUCGUGAGGAACUACACCGCGCGCUCGUUGUUCAAGGCUGAUCACCCCAAACGCCCGGAGGCGGUGGCUGGAGAAUCCGUGGGACAGUGGUCGACGCGCGUCACCGUAGCAUUCGACACUCUCACGGGUGAGGAAGUCGCGGAGCUGGAGGAACAGGCAUUGCUGCUUAACUCGACACGCAAGGAGGCCGCUUCUGCGCCGCGCAGUGAAUACUUACGUGGCAAGAAAGCCAAGAACAUGCCCACGACAAUUAAAAAGACGAUGGAACAUUGGUAUGAGGAAACUGGAUGGGUGGGGAUGGUGAUGAUGGGGGGCAUCGGCAUCAAUGGUGAUAUCAACGCGCACGUCGAAUGCACUGGUGUGGAUGCCGAUUCAAAAAACUUUGAGCGGGCGUUCACGAGCAAAUCGGGAGUUUCAAGGCAGCGUUUGCAUAGUUUGUUUUGGGCAUUCCUGGAAAGCAUUUAUGAUCGGCUUCCAAGCGAAGGUGUGCGCUCUUCUAUUGCGGCGGGUUCAUCUGCGGCGGACGCGUCGAUUGCCGCAGCAUCACCUGAGGCGGACUCCUCGAAUGGCGCACUAUCGGUGGUCAACAGCUCAAUUGCCGUAGCGUCACCGGAGGGGGAGCACUCGAAUGGCACACCAUCCGAGGCGCACAGCUCGAUCGCCGCAGCGUCACCGGAGGGGGAGUCGGGAGAUUUUUGGCCAGGCGAGGUGGACGGCAGUGCUGCUGAAGUGAGGCCUUGGAUGGAGCCUGGCCCUGCACAGACGAGCGACUCAGUAGACGGCGCGAAGACGGUUGGGAUGGGUUCCCUGCCAGAGCCCCAUGGCCAAGUAAUCUCUGAGAUGGGAUUAAAGAUUUUGGCACAACGCUGUGUGGCCGCUCAAAAUGAAGACGGGCCCGGCUUGGUCGCCCACUCUAGUUUACCACACACACUUCCCGGGGUGCACGCUGCUGAUGAGAACGUGCAAGGCGAUGAUACGGCAUCAGAGUCGUCUGGAGGGUUGCACGACCCCAGCGUCGUCGGUGAGUUGGGAUCAGCAGUCACUCGAGGACAAGACACGAGCAUGCGCGAGCCGGCGCUGCGGGUCGAUGGAGAUGUGGGUCGUGGGCGUGGGCGUGGGCGUGGGCAUGGGCGUGGGCGUGGGCGUGGGCGUGGGCGUGGUCAGAUUGGCGGGCGUGUGGGGACGAUCAAUGCUGCUAGGGCGGAUGUCAGCAGUAUGGGGAUAGACACAUCGGACGAGGACGAAGGCGGGGGUGUGGAGAGUCAUGCGGGCGCACCUCGUGUGCGGUUUGUUGGCCCGGUUGAGAGUGUAGUGGGGAGCACGCAAUCGCCGGUGAUUCCACAGGGAGUUGAAGGACGACCACGCUGUCGCGCUCGCACAUUGUUAGGCAUCAAAUAG